AAUCCAACACAAAACGCGCAUCAAUGUUCUCUGGCCCGCUACUUCCCAGGGCAGAUCUCUGAUUCUGUAUAUCGCAAGGUCGAUUCUUCUCUCCAAUUUUCGAUUUUGCUGCUGCCAAACCGAGAUCUCGAAUCGAUUGCGUAACGGAGGGCUCGAUCUAGUCCUAUUCUCCUCGGAUUUUUGCGCAAUUCUUCUUCCUUGGCUGGAUUUUGAGUUGAGCUGAAUUUUCUGAUUCUGAGGGGAAGAAAUGGCGGGUGGGGCGGCAGGAGGGUUCGUGACGCGUGCAUUUGAGUCAAUGCUCAGAGAGUGCGCUAACAAGAAAUACUCUGCUCUCCAGUCUAGCAUUCAGGCUUAUUUAGAUGGUGGGAAGGUGAAGGACACCAAUCUGCUGCCCAACACUAGUGAAUCUAAGGAAUCAUCAACAGAAGCUUCAAAUCAAAGUGAAUCUGAGGUUGAAGGCGAUCAUACAUCUAGUGCUCCAACAACUUCUGAGGGGGUAGAACCGAUCACAGUGGCCUUGGCAAAGGCAGGCUAUACUUUAAAGGGAGCUGAGACUGAACUUGUUCUGAAUCCACUCAGGCUUGCAUUUGAAACAAAAAACAUAAAAGUUGUGGAGCUUGCGUUGGAUUGUCUUCAUAAACUCAUAGAAUACAAUCAUCUAGAAGGUGAUCCUGGUCUUGAUGGGGGAAAAGAUGCCCAACUGUUUGCAGACAUCCUCAACAUGGUUUGUGGUUCUGUAGAUAAUUCCUCACCUGACAGUACUACGCUUCAAGUAUUGAAGGUGCUUCUUACUGCUGUAGCAUCAACAAAAUUGCGAGUUCAUGGUGAACCAUUGCUGGGAGUUAUAAGGGUGUGCUAUAAUAUAGCUCUUAAUAGCAAGAGUCCUAUCAACCAAGCUACAGCAAAAGCCAUGCUGACCCAAAUACUGAGUAUCGUUUUUAGAAGGAUGGAAACAGAUGUGGCAAGUCUAGUCUCUUCUGGCUCUCUUGAUUCCAAGAAAGCGUAUUCAGAAGAUAUGUCAAGCCCAGUAGUUGAAGAAGUUUCAUCCAGCGAUCAUAAUGAGUCAAAUGUGACUGUUGGUGAGGCAGUAUCUGUGAAACAAAUAAAUGAUGUUAAUGAGAUCCAGGGUCUUGUGAGUGGUACUGAUAUUAAGGGUUUAGAGGCUGUUCUUGAGAAAGCUGUGGAUCUUGAAGAUGGUGGAAAAGUAACAAAAGGGAUGAGCCCUGACAGCACAAGUGCUGGCCAACGGGAUGCUUUACUUCUUUUCCGUACUCUUUGUAAGAUGGGAAUGAAGGAGGAUAAUGAUGAAGUUACUACUAAGACACGCAUUCUGUCUCUGGAGCUUCUACAGGGUUUAUUAGAAGGCGUUAGCUUCGCAUUUACAAAGAACUCUAAAUUCAUUGAUUCAAUUAAAGCUCACAUUUCAUAUACCUUACUAAGAGCAUCAAUGUCACAGUCUCAUGUGAUAUUUCAGUAUGCGACUGGAAUAUUUUCUGUUUUCCUAUUGCGGUUUAGGGAAUAUCUGAAGGCUGAAAUUGGAGUCUUCUUUCCUGUGAUUGUCCUACGACCUUUGGAUAGCUCAGAUCUGAACCAUAAGUUAACUGUGCUUCGGAUGCUCGAGAAAGCAUGCAAGGAUCCUCAAAUGCUUGUUGAUCUCUAUGUGAACUACGAUUGUGAUCUUGAAGCACCAAAUUUAUUUGAGCGAAUGGUGUCGACAUUAUCCAAAAUUGCACAAGGUACUCAAAAUGUUGAUUCAAAGCCUACUACUACAUCUCAGAUUGGGAUGAUAAAAACAACAUCUAUGCAGGGUCUAGUAAAUGUGCUUAAAUCACUAUCAGCUUGGGAGAAGUUACAUAGAGAAUUACAAAAACAGAAUAAUGCUGAUGAAUCCUCUGAAAAGGAAGUUUCAUCUAGAGAAGCAGACGAGCCUAAAAUAAGGGACGAUUCAGUGAGCAACUUUGAGAAGCUAAAAGCUCAUAAAUCCACCAUAGAGGCUGUUGUUUCAGAGUUUAAUAGAAAACCAGAAAAGGGCAUAAAGCAAUUAAUAUCCAGUGGCUUGGUGGAGAAAACUCCAACUGCUGUAGCUCUAUUUCUUCGAAACACACCAACUUUAGACAAGGCUAUGCUUGGGGAUUAUUUGGGGCAGCAUGAGGAGUUUCCACUUGCUGUCAUGCACUCAUAUGUGGAUUCCAUGAAUUUUUCUGGAAUGAAGUUUGAUGUUUCAAUUCGAGAAUUCCUUAGAGGGUUUCGACUUCCAGGGGAAGCUCAGAAGAUAGAUCGCAUUAUGGAAAAGUUUGCAGAGCGCUACUGUGCAGACAAUCCUGGUUUAUUCAAGAAUGCUGACACAGCUUAUGUUCUUGCUUAUGCUGUUAUUAUGCUGAAUACUGAUGCUCAUAAUCCCAUGGUGUGGCCAAAAAUGUCAAAAAGUGAUUUUGUACGCAUGAAUGUCAUGAAUGAUGCCGAAGAAUCUGCUCCUCAGGAACUCUUGGAGGAGAUAUAUGAAUCUAUUGUUAAAGAGGAGAUAAAGAUGAAAGAUGAUCCUGCUGGAAUUUUGAAAACUAAUAAGCCAGAAAUGGAGGAAAGAGGUCUUAUCAGUAUUCUCAAUCUGGCCCUUCCCAAACGAAACAUGUCUGCUGACUCCAAAUCUGGAAAUGAAGCAAUUGUCAAGCAAAUUCAGGCUGUAAUCAAAGACAGUGGAGGGAAAAAGGGGGUCUUUUACACUUCUAACAGGAUUGAACUUGUGCGGCUCAUGGUUGAAGCUGUGGGAUGGCCAUUACUUGCUACUUUUGCUGUUACAAUGGGUGAAAUAGAUAACAAACCAAGAAUUACACUUUGCAUGGAAGGUUUCAAGGAAGGUAUACACAUAACUUAUGCUCUUGGAAUGGACACCAUGCGUUAUGCCUUCUUGACAUCCUUGAUAAGGUACAACUUUUUGCAUGCACCAAGAGAUAUGCGUGGAAAGAAUGUGGAGGCAUUACGCACGCUACUUACUUCAUGUGACACUGAAAUUUAUGCCUUUCAAGACUCUUGGUUUGCUGUUCUGGAAUGCGUUUCACGCCUUGAAUAUGCAGUAUCAUCACCUGCUAUGGCUGCAAUCAUCAUGCAAGGAUCCAACCAAAUCUCUAGAGAUGCGGUUCUUCAAUCUCUGAAGGAGCUGGCUGGCAAACCAACCGAGCAGAUAUUUGUGAAUAGCAUUAAACUGCCCAGUGAAACAGUGGUGGAGUUUUUUACUGCUUUAUGCAGUGUCUCAGCGGAGGAACUAAAACAAGUUCCUGCACGUGUUUUUUGUUUGCAAAAGGUUGUUGAGAUUAGCUACUAUAACAUGGCUCGCAUACGCAUGGUUUGGGCUCGUAUAUGGUCUGUCUUGGCCCAUCAUUUUAUCUUUGCUGGGAGCCAUCCUGAUGAAAAAGUAGCUAUGUAUGCCAUCGAUUCACUGAGACAGCUCUCUAUGAAAUAUUUGGAGCGUGCUGAACUUGCAAACUUCACUUUCCAGAAUGAUAUUUUAAAGCCAUUUGUUGUUCUCAUUCGGAGCAGCAGAAAUGAAUCCAUUCGAAGACUCAUAGUUGAUUGCAUUGUUCAAAUGACAAAAUCUAAGGUUGGAAACAUAAAGUCUGGCUGGCGGAGUGUGUUCAUGAUAUUCACUGCUGCUGCAGAUGAUGACUUGGAAGCCACAGUUGAAAGUGCAUUUGAGAAUGUGGAACAGGUUGUAUUGGAGCACUUCGAUCAGGUUGUUGGGGAUUGCUUUAUGGAUUGUGUGAACUGCUUGAUUGGAUUUGCUAAUAAUAAAAGUUCUCAUCGCAUUAGUUUGAAAGCCAUUGCACUACUUCGCAUAUGCGAGGAUCGCCUUGCAGAGGGCCUUAUACCAGGUGGUGCUCUAAAGCCCAUUAACACAACUGUUGAUGAAGCUUCUGAUGUUACUGAGCAUUAUUGGUUCCCAAUGCUGGCUGGACUUUCUGAUCUGACUUCUGACCCAAGAGCAGAAGUCAGAAAUUGUGCACUGGAGGUCUUGUUUGAUUUGCUGAAUGAAAGAGGCAGCAAAUUCUCAUCUUCAUUUUGGGAGAAUAUUUUCCAACAAGUUCUGUUUCCUAUCUUCGAUAAUGUUAGACAUGCUGGAAAUGAUAGUUUCACAUCUUCUGGAGAUGAGUGGCUUCGUGAAAGCAGCAUCCACUCACUGCAGUUAUUAUGCAACCUUUUCAACACCUUUUAUAAGGAUGUAUGCUUUAUGUUGUCGCCACUUCUCAGCUUAUUGUUGGAUUGUGCCAAGAAAACAGAUCAGUCAGUAGUUUCAAUAUCUUUGGGUGCAUUAGUGCAUCUCGUAGAAGUUGGAGGGCACCAGUUCAGUGAUGAUGACUGGGAUACUUUGUUGAAGAGUAUUAGGGAUGCUUCAUACACUACACAACCUCUUGAGCUUCUCAAUAAUUUAGGUUUCGAGAGCACUAAGCAUCAUAAAGUAUUGACUAGAGACUUUGACCCUACUUCACCUGGAGCUGGUAGUGGUGAUUCAUUGUCUAACCAUCACGACUCUAUCUAUUCGAAUGGGAAUGCAGUGGGAAAAGAUCCCAUCAUUGAUGAAAUUGCACAUGAUCACAAUCAAGAAAUAGGCCGGCCAGUGGAUACAGAGGGAUCUGAAGGCAUCCCAUCGCCAUCUGGUCAGACUGCAAGACCUCCUGAUGGAGGCUAUCAGCGUAGUCAAACAUUAGGACAAAAAAUCAUGGGAAAUAUGAUGGACAACUUGUUUAUGCGAACUUUUACUUCUAAACCAAAGAACCAGGAUUCUGAUGCAAUUAUAUCAUCCUCUCCAUCUAAGAUUCCUGAUUCCAUUGUGGAGUCUGGUUCCCAGGAUGAGGAAAGUCCUAUAGUGGUUGUCAUUAGAAGUAAAUGCAUCACACAGUUAUUGCUUUUGGGUGUCAUCGAUAGUAUUCAGAAGAAAUACUGGAGCAGAUUGAAUACACAGCAAAAGAUCUCCAUCAUGGAAAUUUUGUUCUCUCUCCUAGAAUUUGCUGCCUCGUACAAUUCAUUUAGUAAUCUCCGAUUGAGAAUGCACAAAAUUCCUCCUGAAAGGCCACCGCCAAAUCUUCUCCGUCAGGAGUUGGCUGCGACUUGUAUCUAUUUGGAUAUCCUACAAAAGACAACAGCUGUGAUUGAUAGUCAUAGAGAGGAGGAUGUCAAAGGACAGAAACUUGAAGGAGUAGCUGAAGAAAAGCUUACAUCUUUUUGUGAACAAGUGCUUAGAGAGGCGUCCGAUUUUCAAUCUAGUGUGGAAGAGACAACUAACAUGGAUGUCCAUCGGCUUCUAGAACUUCGAUCUCCAAUCAUUGUGAAGGUACUGAAAGGCAUGUGCCAAAUGAAUUCUCGUAUUCUCAGAAGUCACCUCAGGGACUUUUACCCAUAUAUUACAAAACUUGUCUGCUGUGACCAGAUGGAGAUUCGCUGCGCUCUUACAGAGCUUUUCAGGGUGCAAUUGAACACACUGUUGCAUUAGGAUAUCGGAAGUCCAACUCUCAAAUGGAUACACGCAUACAUACAUACAUACAUUGGUCUAUUUACUUGGUAACGAUGCAUCUUGCCUUGAAGCAUUUAUAUCUUUUGUUUCCAUUCCCAUCGAUGUCGUAUUUUUUGUUUGGUUGUGCAUUUACUUCCCAGCUUUGGUAUUUCUUAGUAUUUUAUUAUUUAAAAAACCCAGCUGAAUUGGGAAUCACAUCCGUAUGGAAUGCAUGCAGUUUGCUGUUUUGAUUCAUUGAUUGAUUGUUGGGACAAAUUUGAGUU